GGGGGGUGGGGUGUGUGCAGGGGUAGGCUAUAUACAAGCUUUCACACGGUUCCAUACAGCUUAGAAACAGAGGGGAAAGAAGACAUUAUCAGAGGAGACCCCGACCUGACAGACUGACACUUACACAGACAAACCCCUCUGAGAAACGUUGGACCGGAGGAAUCACAGACACAUAGGAUCGGACAUUGUGGCAUCGCGGAGGAAAGUUUUCCUGUGAACUUAUUUAGUAAGGGGACUAAAUAGUGGGGAGGACAAUAGUGGCCCAGACCCCAUCCUUCUGCAUCCCGCACUACACCAUGCUGCUGGCUCUGACCGCUGCUCUGCUGCUCAGCUGUUGGAGAUGGCUGGGUGAAGCUGCUGUCCCCAGUGACCCUUGGGCCCAAUGCCCUUCUGCCAAGACCUGUAAGGCUAAAUUUGCAGAUGGAAUAUGUGACAAAAAAUGUUCAGAGCCAGAGUGUCUGAGAGAUGGGUUUGACUGCCUGGUGAAGAACACAUGCGAUCCACAUUACAAACAGUACUGCCAAGACCACUACGGCAACUCAUACUGCGAGCAGGGGUGUGACAGUGCCCCCUGUGGCUGGGAUGGGAGUGAUUGCUUCAACCAGCAAAGCCCUCUCUGGGCAAAUGGCACCUUGAUCCUCCACACUAACAUUCCCAGUCAGGAAGUCCCAAGCCGUAACAGGUCUUUGCUGUGGGCCCUCAGCAUUCUCUUACGAACGGCUCUCAAACUGCGGGGUGUUGCACCAUUCCACUCCAGCCAUAACCUGUACGACCUUGACCCUCAGAAGCUUGCUGAACUGUUGACUCAGGCGUCCACUCAUGAUACCAACGGGUCACUACUGUACCUCCAGGUUGACAACAGGCCAUGUUCCAGGCUCCCCUCUACCUGUUUCCAAUUUUCCACUGAAGCAGCCAACUUCCUGCGAACACUGAUGACAUUGCAGCACACAAUAUAUCCCCCAUUCCCUGAAAUCCAAGCAGUCAUUGCAAUCCGGGGUGUGAGAGAAGAAUUGGGAGAGCGAGAGAAGUACACAGUGGGAGAGAAUGUGAACACUUCUCCUUCGUGGUUAUGGGCAAUGGUUGGGGUGGCAACUGGACUGGGAUUGGCUCUGGCUAUACUAGCUGCUCUGCUGAUUAGACGGGCUCGACGGAGGAGAGAGUCACAGGAGGAGGGACAGAGGGUGCAACACAGAUCUACAGCUACAGACAGUGGCCACCGGGGGCAGGCCUGGGCCCAGCAUACACCACAUCGAGGGGAAAGAAUGAGAGUGGAGAAAGAGAAUGGCAAUAAAGGAAUUGGGAUAAAAAAGAAGAAAAAGGGGAAAGAGAAUGGGAAGAGGCGCAGGGAGCCACUCGGAGAGGAUGCCAUUAGGCUACGCCCCCUCAAAAAGGAAUUGGAUAUAGGAAGUGAUACAGAUAUGACUCAAAGUUCUAUGGAAGACAUCAACGUGAGGAGUUCACAUCGACAGGACAAAUCCAUCUGUGACCACCGGCCCGAGGAGCAGAAGCACUUCCAUGUCACACCCAGCAGCCCACAGUCGCCAACACAGGCUUCACCGGGAGGAUGGGAGAGAAACACCAGCCCUCCAAACCACAGGACACACAACAAUACUGCUCCAGUUCAGUGGUGUGGUCCAGAUGGAUCUGUGGUCCUGAUUCGGGCAGUCAGGAGUGGUCUCGACCGAGUGGUUCUGGAAUUGCUGCGUGCCGGGGUGCCGGUCAACAACACGGACCACACUGGGAGAUCUGCCCUUCACUGGGCAUGCUCAGUUAAUCACCUUUCCCUGGCUCGAACUCUCAUUCGCUAUGGUGCAGCAGUGGACCUACAAGACUACAAGGGUGAGACUGCUCUCUUCCUCUCCGCUCUCCAUGGUUGCUAUGACACUGCCAGGUUUCUCCUCCUCAAUGGAGCCAAUCAGGAUUUGACUGACUGCCGAGGUCGACGCCCACUAGAAGCAGCACGUGAAGGAUUACAUCAUCAUGUCCUGGAGCUCCUAUUGGCUCACAGGUCCCACAGAGGGCAUGUCUCCAUGGAACCAGUUAAUGACAUGUUAUGUGAGGACCGUACCUUCUCCUAUUCCGCAUGGGUUGGACCACCUGGUCUUCCUGGGAGAAGCGCUUCCUUUUCUGGAGUUAUCGGUCAUCGGGAAGCCUUGCCACUUUACCCCAGUGAUUGGUCAGGAGGUAAAGAGCGAUGUGCCUCCCCUCAGAACUGGCGUCCACAACCUCUCCAAUCAGUAACUGCAUUGGUCUCCCCCAGAAUCCUUGGACGCCCAUCACGUCCAAUAAGCACUCUACAGGAAGUAACCUCGGAGGCAGAGGAAGAGGACACCGAAAGGUCCCAGGAAGCUGCUCGGGCAGCCACACCCAACUUCCUGUCCCCCCAGCCUGCACCUAGACAGCGGUCUUUCUCAUGCACACAGCAUGCACUGCAGCGUCAAUCAAGUGGCGUCCAGUUUGAACACCCUGUUGCAUCACCUGGGAAGCCAACCAAUGAGCAUGUAGAAAUGGUAGUAUCUGGCCCUGUUGCUGAAGCCCCCAUUCAGUCAGAGGUUAAGCCAGCUUCUGACCUCCCCAGUAUGGUUCAAUCAGACUCUGAGGCAGGCAGCAGUAGGAAUUCCAAACAAGAGCCACAAGGUGACAAAAUAAGCAAAGCGCUUGCUGAAUCUGAGACUUCUGCCCAUACUGCCCUUUGAAAAAGGAAGACUGACUGGACACUUCAGACUAGAUGCAAUACAGCACACAAGCCCACUCAAAUUGAUUUGAGCAACAUUCAACUUGUCUGUAGUGCCAGUCCUCUAGAAAUUAAUUAAGCUCUAUACGCUCUAUAAAUCAACAGCAUAAAACUCUGACUGGUUAUGGUGUAAAUAGGUUAAUUAUUCAAUGCAUUCUUUUGUUUGUUGUUUUGUCAAGUAACUGAAAAAUAAUAAAAUUUCAUGAAACAAUAUAUAA